GUCUUGAUAGUGGGUCAAGUUGAGGGACGGGUGAGCGGCGGGGGCGGCGAUGUUCUGUUAAGCGUUUCAAUGAAGCGUGUGCUUCCAGAAAUGCCCGUCACCGCCUGCAUAGAUAAAGGUUCCACAACGGAAGGACAGUGAAGAAUGGUUGGACGACUGUAGCAACCUCGGCGGCUCUCUGGACUGCAGCGUCUCCGGAGGCUCAUUUCUCAUGUUCUACCCGGGAGAAACUUGAAGAUGCCCUCGACACGUCUGAGAGCGGCCGGGACUCGCACUCCUCGUCCCAGUCCCAGUCCAGGGCCCGACCCCAAUUGCAGCGCCCUCAGCUCCAUGCCCGAAUUGUUGUGCAACAGCUGCAUGGCUCAGCAGCAGCUGGUGGACUCCCAGUCCCAGGUGAGAAAAUGGGCCCUGAGGAGGAAGAACGAGCCCGAGGAGGCCCGUCAGCAGCGGCUGGAGCGUGAGCGAAUGGCGAAGAAGAACAAGCGAGCGUGUGAGACCGAUGAAGAGAAGGAACUCAGGAGGCUGAGGGACCGUGAGGCUAAAUACAUGCAGAGGAUGCAGGAGACGGAGGAUCAGCGGGCACAGCGGCUCCAGAGGGACCGAGAGGCCAUGAGGUUGAAGAGAGCCAACGAGACGCCAGAGAAGAGGCAGGCCAGGCUGAUCCGGGAGAGGGAGGCCAAGAGGAUCAAGAGGCGCCUGGAGAAGAUCGACCUCCCUCAGAGCACGACCCCGCCACCAUGGCCGCUCCCUCAGCUGACAUGAGUCUCUUCCCAAUCCUCUGCUCCAUGCCUAAUACCAGAGGCAGAAAGCGACUUGGUCCAGACAGUGUGGCUCUUGAGACGGGCGCAUCAGCUAAGAAAUAAAAAUGAUCGGAUUGUUAGCUUGUUUUUGUUGUAGCAGUCAUAUUGCAGGAAAAGUGAUGAACAACACACAAUGUAUUCUUGACAUGCCAUCCAUCGACAAUGGUCUGUGGGAGAAGCUGCACUGACCGGACUUGAGAGGAUGUGUGGGAGCAUCUUUGAUCUCUGCAUCCCAGGCUGAAGACAUCACCUUCAGAUCAAAUAUUUAUUCCAGUGAAGAAAACCUCAUCUGAUUUCAGAAUGCUGUGUAAA